UGCAGAGAUCGUCGGCGGCGUUUGCGUUGAGAUGUGCUCCGGGCGGCGCCAUUAUUCGGGGUUGCGGGGUUUCGUCGCCAUCUUGUUUCGAUGCCAGACGUCCCAAAAUAGACAACAUGAUGGCGCUGAACUACUUCUCAGACGGAUUGGUGGCAUCUGACCUGUUCAGGUGGCGCCAGACAAGAUGAAAUGGGCAGCGCGAUCCGUCCGGCCACCGUGCACUUGGUGUGGUUGUUGCUCGAGAGCAGACGGUCAGUGUGGAAAAAAUGGGGUGCUCGACAUGGGUGCGUGAGUACUGGCGCAUCGUCGUCCCGGCCAAGUCUGGCGAAGACGUCGACGCGGAGGGCUGGCUCGUGCUGUACCCACAAAGGAAUCGACUCGCCGCGUGGCGAUGCAUUCGAUUCAGCCGGUGGCACGUCGCUGUCAUGGUGUGGCUAACCUACUUCAUGCUUGGAUCGGUCUACUCGUUCCAGAUCUUGACGACGCCACUCGAGCGGUACUUUGCCCAGCCCACGUACUCGGGCUCCUCUGGGUUCUUCGGGUCCACCUUGGUCUUGGGUAUUGUGGCGGCAGUCGUAGGCCCGGUGAUCGAGCGCCGCGGCCCGCGCGUCGGGAUGGUCAUCGGGUCGGUUCUGGUUGUGGCUGGUCUGGCCAUGGCCCAUCUUGCCGUGGCCGUGCGCGCACCCUAUCUUUUCACCAUCUCGUACAGCAUCUUGGUCGGAAGCGGCUACGGCUUUGUCCUGAUCGCAACCAUGUCGACGGUGCAAAAGUGGUUUCCCGAUUUUCGAGGGCUCGUCGCGGGAGCUGCGAUUCUGUGCAUGGGGCUCGGCACUGGCAUUUGGACCAAACUCGCCGCGGUACUCAUGCAUCGAGCCCAGAACGUUGUCGACAGCGCCGGCGACGCAUACGACGAGUUGGGUUUGCAACGCAUCUUUCUCGCACAAGGUGGGGCAGCUCUUGUCAUUCUCCUGGUCACGACCAUGGUUGUGCGCACGCCGCCGUCCGAUUUUUCCAUCCGCGGCCACGACAUCCACUGCAUCCCGGUGAACAAGGCGCCGCCGCCGCGGCAACUCCAAGACGACUACUUCAAAGUCGGCAUGACGCUAGUCAACUUUGGCCAGGACGACACAGACAACGUCUACUUCGAACACGUCCGAGCGCUGACGCUUGUCGACUGCAUCCUGUCGUCCGACUUUGUCUGGUUGUACGUGGCGUUUGCGGCCAACGUGGCACCGAUCGUGAUGUUUGUGCCCGAGAUCUUUGACUUGGCGACGGGGGUCCUCUUCGACUCGUCGGACGGCGCGUCCUCGUUUGUGAGUCUGCUCUUUCUGUCCACGAGUUUGGGGCGGGUCGCCGGCCCACUCGCGUCGGAUGUGGUGAUUCGAACGUUUUACAUGAACCCGGCGUACGGCCGCAAGCUCGUACUUGGAAUCCUCCUGACCAUCCAAGCAGUCGCGACGGGGCUCUUGCUCGCCAACGUCGGCUCGGGCCAUACGUCGAGCAUUCGAUGGCCAUCGUACGCACUGGGGUUUGCGCUGGGCGGAGGAUUUGCCAUCAUGCCAGCCCUCGUCACCGACAUGUUUGGCGUGUUUAACACGGGCACCAUGUACGGGCUUCUCUUGACGAGCUGGUCCAUCGGCGCCACGGCGUGGGGUUUUGUGGGACGGACUACAUCCAUCACCCAAGACAGUGUCGAGCAUCACCUGCGUGGUCUUUGCGUCGUUGGGUGCAUCGGCGUCGUCGUGCUGACGCUAGUGCGCACCAACACAACCGAUCGAUUCUAUCGAGGGUAUCAGCUCACUUGGUGCAAUACGGUGGUCGUGCAGGUCCCAAGCCGACAGAUGCGGCUCGAUCGACUGCGGUGGAAAGACAUGGCGCCGACCGCCAGCGCGCUCGACGACUGGAUCGAUCAAGAGGUCGAGGACCGGUUGAGCAAGAGCCAUGCAUCGCCCACGCUGUCCCAAGGGCCAUACGGACAGAGUUUCAUGUAGUCAUGGGCAGCGUAAUGACCUACAUGACGUUGUAAGUUGGUCGUCGA